AUGCUGUCACCGCCGGACACCGCUGUUGUAGAAGGGCCUGACGAGCAUCCAGCUCAAGUCGCCCAGAACGUUAACGACACGAAAUGCCAUAACCACGAGACAAGGGCCACCGAGGAGAAAUCCACGUUAGGCUCAUGUACAGAGAAUGUGUCUCCAAGGUCGCCGGCUGGGGCGACAAACAUCUCGCCUGCGGACCUACAAUCCAGCCAGGAAUCCCAGAAGCAGCCCACAGUCACUUCUCGGUUGGCAAAGAGAGGUCUUUUCGCCUCAUUGACGCUGAUUGCUGAGGUUGAUGACCCAUAUCUCUAUCCCAAAGGCAGGAAAUGGUUCAUCACGUUCGUGGUGGCUUUUGCCGCUGCGGCCACCUCGCUCGGGAGUGCCAUCAUUUACCCGGCUCUGGCGGACACAGGUCGUGACCUCCAUGCCAGUCCCACCGUCACCAACCUCUCCGUCGCCCUCUACAUGCUCAGCAUAUCAUUCUGUCCUCUCUGGUGGUCAGCACUGAGCGAAACCGCCGGCCGUCGCACGACCUACCUCGUUUCCCUAUCUCUUUUUGUUCUCUUCGCCAUUCUCUCGGCGACAGCCAAGUCAAUAGGUGUCUUCGUGGCUAUGCGCAUGCUUUCUGGGGGUGCCGGCGCAUCAGUCCAAGCCGUCGGAGCCGGUACGUUGGCCGAUAUCUGGGAGCCCUUUGAAAGAGGUAAAGCCAUGGGUCGUUUCUAUAUGGGGCCUUUGUGUGGACCGCUAUUCGCUCCCAUCAUUGGCGGCUUUCUGGCCGCUCGUUGGGGCUGGAGAAGCACCCAGUGGUUCCUCGUCAUCUAUGGAGGAAUUUGCCUCGUAUUUCUUCUCUUCGCCCUACCUGAGACUGUCAGGAGGCACGAGGACUCGAACGAGGGCGGUCCUCAAGAAGCAGAUACGAUGUCCCUCGCCUCCACGACUCGCGUUCGUACGAAGCGAUUUCUCCACCUAACCAUGCGGGUACUUCUAGAUCCAUUGAAGAUGGUCCUGCUUCUGCGUCAUCUUCCCAUUCUCUUUACAGCGUACUGGGCGUCGCUUGCAUUCGGCACUCUAUACAUUGUCAACAUCUCUGUCCAGAACGUCUUCGCGCAAUCUCCCUACAACUUCUCCGUGUCUAAGGUUGGCCUUACGUACAUACCUGCCGGCUUUGGGUUUUUGAUCUCAGCCCUGUUCAGCGGCAGAUGGGCUGACCAUGUCAUGGCAAGAGAAGCAAAGCGGAAGAACAGAUAUGAUGAGAAUGGCAAGUUGAUACUGCGACCUGAAGAUCGUAUGAUGGAAAAUGCUUGGGUAGCUGCCAUCGCCUUUCCCAUCUCCAUGCUUUGGUAUGGCUGGAGCGCCGGUAAAGGGGUGUUCUGGGUCGUGCCGCUACUGGCCACUCUGGUCUUCGGAUUGUCCGCAAUGCUCAUCUUCGGGCUAGCCGUUACAAUGCUGACAGAGUUUGUCCCUCGCAAACCCAGCAGCGGCGUCGCAGUGGCCAACUUCCUCCGCAAUAUAUUUUCCUGUAUUGGCACUAUCCUGGGAGAGCCGCUUAUUCGCGCUGAAGGGACUGGGUGGAUGUUCACGGGAUUGGGGAUCCUCGUCAAAGUCGUCUGUGGAAACAUCCUCAAGUCGAAAGGCAUUGACCGGAUCCUAAACUUAAAGAAACCCUUAAGGACGGCAGGUUCAUCACCAACAGGAUUGUCCUUCGUGCCCGUCUCCAACUGA